AUGGCCAAUCAUGAAAAUGAUAAUGAUUCACCACAAGUUUAUCUCUUAGGGAAAACUUACUUAGCUAACAAUCAAGGACAAUUUUAUAUUCGAAAUGAUCCUAUUGUUCAUAUGGCUGCUGGUGAUCGACAUACAAUUAUUGUUACUGAAAGUGGUCGUGCAUUUGCUUUUGGUGAUAAUGGUUCAGGUCAAUUGGGUCUUGGUCAUACAAAUAAUGUUGAAAAAGUUUCAUGUAUUAAAACUUUGAAAUUCGGAGAAACAGGUGAAAAAGUUAUAUUAGCAGCAUGUGGUCGUGAAUCAUCAUUAGUUGCUACAAAUCGUGGUGCGAUAUUUGCAUUUGGUUCGAAUAGUCGUUCACAAUUAGGAAUUUCAUCACCAGAUUCAAACACAAUUCAUCCUCAUCCUGUUAAAAUCGAAUAUUUUAAAGGAAAAAUCGUUUGGAAACAAAUAGCUAUGGGUGCUGAACAUGCAUGUGCAUUAAAUGAUGAAGGUGUAGUAUAUGUUUGGGGUGCAAAUGAUGAUGGUCAAUGUGCACAACCACGUAAACAUGAUGUAAUUCAAGUACCAAGAGAACUUCGAAUAGAAUCUCAAGUUAUAGCCAUAUCAUGUGGAUAUUAUCAUACGGCAUUAAUUGAUGAAAAUGGUCGUUUAUUAUUAUUUGGAAAUAAUGAUGAUAGACAAUUAGGACGUACAGUGUCUGAUAAAUUUGCUGGUCCAAUAGAAGUUUCAAUGCCAAAUAAAGUUAAAGCUGUUGCUUGUGGAAAUCAACAUACUGUUGUAUUGACUGAAAUUGGAGAAGUAUAUACAUGUGGACAUGGUGCUCGUGGUCAACUUGGCCUUGGUCCUAGAGUUUUAAUAGCAGAAAGCUUUGAAAGUGUUCAAGGUUUACCAAAACGUAUUGGAACUAUUGCUGCUGGUGAAGGUCAUACAGUUGUUCUUUCUGUUCGUGGUGAUAUGUAUGUAUUUGGUGAUGGUAAACAUGGAAAAUUAGGUUCACAAACUCAUUCAAAUGAAUUUGUACCAUAUUUGGUUGAUAGAUUUAAAACAUACAAUGUCUCAAAGGUUGUUUGUGGUGGUUGUCAAACAAUAGUUCUUGCUCAAAAGAAAACUGGUGAACAAAAAUUAUUAUCAGAAAGUGAAGAAGAUAGUGAAAGUAAAACACUUUCAACAACUAUGCAUUCGAUGAGUCGAGCACGAAGUAUGCGUCAUAAAACAAAAGCUGAUCUUGCAAAUAAAGUUGGCGAUUCAAUUGAUACAAAGCUUCAUCAUGUUAGACCACUUGGAGCAUCAAAUCAUUUACGUGUUGAAUCUGAUGAUGAUGAUAAAUCUGAUAAGGAAUUAUCGGCAUCAAUGAAAAGUGCUACAUUUAAUCAGACACAUACGGUGACAAACGGCGCAUUUCGUCCAACACAAAGUCCAUCAUUAAAUCGUACUAGUUUACGUCCAAAUGAUGGCAAUUAUCAACCAUUAAGAACAGGUGCCUUAGAUCGUACAGUUCAUCUUAAUAAAGAUACGGAUGAUUCAAUAAAAACAAAUAAUCGUUUUCCACCUAUUGAUAAAUCACCUAUACGUAAUACAAGAUUAGAGCGUACAAGUCCACCACCUCUCAGAAGAAAACAAGAUUCAGAUGAAGAUAAAUCAUCAUCAGAAGAACCAGCAAAAUCAUUUACUAAGAAACCUGAACAAUCAUCGCCACAAUUACGAAAUGAACGAAAAAAUUCUCCCAUAUCACGACGUAGAGAUGAUAGUGAAAGUGAUGAUAAUAGAUUCAAACGCUCGCCUCCUACUAAAGCACCUAUGAGUGAAGCAUUAAAUCGAAAAGCUCGUUCACAUCAUCGAUCAGAUGAUGAAGAAGAGGAGGAUGAAGAAGACGAAGAUGAAGAAGAUAGUCGCAGAUUAUCCAGUCGUUCAAACAAACAACAACCACCACCAACCGUUGCACGCCGAAGUUCAUUACCACCUCAAACACGUUCUGGAGCACCUAUUUCAUCAGCACGUGAUGGAAAUCAAACAAUUGGUUCAAAACCAAGCGAUGGUGUUCGAGGCAGUUUUCGUUCACAAGCAAAUAAAACACUUGCCAAACCAAAUACAACAACGUCAAAUACUGAUACAACAAAAAAAGAAACACCACCUGCUCAGCAACCAGGUUUUUUUGCACGACUUUUUGGUUCUAAAUCAACACCAACAUCAUCACCACCACCACCACCACCACCACCACAACCGGCAAAAACACCAGCAACAAAUACUAGUUCAAGAACGUGUUCAAUUAUGUAG